AUGGCCGUCUUCCGCAUAAACAAAGUACCCCUCAGACCGGCUCAAGAGGUGCUGAAACUUCGUGCAAAUCUUCUGGUUUAUUUGAAACAGCUGGUCGCUCGUCAAGGCACUUUAUUGGACGCGGAAAUGCAAGCGCUAUUAAACUAUUUGCUUGUCGUGGAAGAGGAUGAGAAUUUGCACGAUGUUCUCUACCUGUUGAUCACCCUCCUGGUCGACACACCGAACGCGGUCGGCUCAACCUUCAUACGUAAUGAUGCACUGCACGUGGCUUUCAAACGUCUGUCCGUGCUGGAUGAGAGUAAUCGGGUGUAUGCGAUCAAAUUGCUCGGGUUUCAUCUACACUUCUCCCGGAUUCACAAAUACGACGAUCUCAUGGAUCGAUAUGGUCUGUUCGACCUUAUGGUUGAACGUCUACACGCGGUAGCCCCUAAUCUGUCCGUGGUCACCUAUAACGCGCUGUUUGAGGUCCUCAUCAACUCCAUUUCUUCCCGACCACAAUCUGCUCCAAAAAGUCUUAUUGCUGCAGACACAGUUAUCCAACAACCACAGAUGAUACGUGUGAUAUCUGAAUUGAUUUACCGUUCGGAGAAGAACGCGGAAUCGACAAUGGUUCGACAAAUCUUCCUGCAGCAUCUACUGUCCCUGUGCACUCAAAACACGCAAAAUCGUCGUAAUUCUCGCUUUGACACCACCUUAUGGAAUUACAACAAGUGGGGCCGUCACCAGGAUCAGAAUGAACGUUCCAUGGCCUACCGCUUUCCAGGAUGGGGACGUGCGGACUUUCCUGGGGGAAUUCGAGGACGUCGCGGAACUGGCGGGGAUACGAACGGACCGGGGUAA